GAUGCAAGAUCAUCUGGCUUAUGACACAUAUUCUCAUUCUCUUUGUCAGGUAUAGAAGUUGUGUACAGAGGCGUUCAAGGAAAACUCAAAAUGGAUUCAGCUACCAGCCGAUUGCGUCAGCUUCUAGCAGACAAAAACAAUAUCCUUGUAUGCCCAGGUGUUUUUGACGGAUUGACCGCAAGAAUCGCUCUUCAGGCUGGUUUCGAUGCUCUAUAUAUGGUAAGAAUACAUUUACAUUGUCAAAUAGUCGACCGGAUGAUAUCUUGGAGAGACUAGCUGAUGUUGCCAGACCGGUGCCGGGACAGCCGCUUCUGUCCUCGGUAUGCCAGACCUUGGAGUACUCACAUUGAACGAGAUGCGCGGCAAUGCAGAAAUGAUCGCUAAUCUGGAUCGAUCCGUGCCACUUAUUGCUGAUGCCGAUACUGGCUUUGGAGGCUCUUUGAUGAUUCAUCGAACUGUCACUGAAUACAUUCGGAGCGGCGUGGCAGCUCUCCAUCUGGAAGAUCAACCAACCACUAAACGAUGUGGACACUUGCGUAACAAGCAAAUUGUCGAGGAGACCGAGUUUUUGUCUCGAAUCAGCGCUGCAGUCAAUGCUCGCGAACAAUCUGGUGGUGAUAUAGUCAUCAUUGCUCGUACCGAUUCGCUUGAGUCUCUUGGCUAUGAAAGUGCAGUGCAAAGAUUAAAACGCGCAAUUACGCUAGGCGCGGAUGUCGCUUUUCUUGAAGGAAUCACUUCAAAGGAGCAGGCAAAGCAAGUUUGUGAGGACCUCAAUCCAACCCCUGUUCUUUUUAAUGCUGUGCCUGGUGGAGUGUCGCCGUACCUGUCAGCGCAAGAAGCUCAUGACCUUGGAUUUCGUAUCAUUAUUUUUCCGGGGUUGUCGUUGGUUGCGGUCUCUGGGGCUGUAAAAGCAGAUGCCAAAUACCUCAAGGAAACCGGCACGACUCCCGGUAAGGAAGGUAGUCCUAAAGAAUUAUUCAAUAUCUUGGGAUUGAAGGAGGCCAUGCAUAUAGACGCUGCAGCAGGCGGCAAACUCUACGAAAAGGGUGUCUAGCUAUUUAUCAUUCUUGGAAGCUGGUAUUAGUGUGUGGACUCAGGUGAUGCAAUUACGUUUAUACCGCAGCAACAUUUGAUGGCCUUCGCUAGCAAAAUUAAAAUUACCAAAGACC